CUCGAUACUCACCAGCCCCACGACCACCACUUCCACCUUAGUCUAGCUGACCACCCUCACGCCUGGUACCUUGUUACGCCCUCAAGAUCUUGGUGACCGUGAAGGUUGUGACCGUGAUCACAGUGAAGGGCGUGGUGGUACAGCUUGCGAAGAGAGCAAGAAUUAGUGAUGGGUGUUACAGCCUGUGGUCGUAUCCACGGAGCAGACACCGACAAGGAGACAGUAUAAUUCUUCAGGGUCAACGAUACGAGUGUACGAGGCACAUGUUGGACCUGGGUUUGGUUAGACAUGAGCAGCUUGCUUAAACACCUGCCUUUGUCCCCUCCAACACCUGAGCAACUCGGCGCUACUAACACAGGCAAUUAUCUGGUACUUGAGAGUGGUGGAAAACAUCUGACUUAUUGUGGAGAGAUUUAGUUCUGUGUAGCAGGAGGUUGGUGUCGGUGCCAUGAUGGACGGAAUGAUGUUGGUGCGAGGCGGAAGAAGCAGCAGCGCGUCCUCCGCCGAGCGCUGUCUCCUCUUGGGUGCCCUCGCUUCUCACAUGGGCGUGCUGGACGCCAGGGAGAAUGACGCACAAACCAUCAUACGCAAAUCUGAACUAUGGGACGAAAUAACGAGGCAGUUCAACGCCAACACGUCGGCGCCGCGAUCACGACAGCAGAUCCAGACGCUGUACAAGAACAUGAAGGCCAAGGCUCGCAGGUACGAGGUGAGGCUCUCUGAGGUGUCGUCAGGGGUGCCGCCACCUGAUCCUGACCCCAUAUCAGAGAUGCUACUGGGUCUCCUGCACCAACAGCUGCAGCACCAGCGGCGCCACCUGCAGCACAUGGUCACCGCAGACACACACACGUCAAUGAGCGAGGACGCUCCCAAGGUCUCCCGGCACUACGAAAACACCUUUCUAACUCCUGAACAGAAUCGUGUGGUGACAGAGCAGCUAAGGAUGGUACUGGACGGCAUGGCAGACAUCCAGGUCUUCGUGAGUAAACGUGUGGUGUUUCCGGAUGAAAUCUGUGAAGCAGUCAUCCAGGUUAAGGCUGGCAAGAUUCGCCACAUCGCGAGACACAGCACAGACGUUACGACGUUCUCCCCGAGUCAGGUUGUGGACUGUGAGGAUCUGGUGUUGAUGCCUGGCGUGGUUGACUCCCACGUGCACGUCAACGAGCCCGGCCGGACCGCCUGGGAAGGCUUCAACUCCGCCACCAGAGCAGCAGCCGCCGGGGGCAUCACCACCAUUGUUGACAUGCCCCUGAACUCGAUCCCAGCGACGACGACACUAGAGGCGUGGAGAGUGAAGCUGACGGCGGCGGAGGGUCAGUGCUGGGUCGACGUCGGCUUCUGGGGCGGUGUUGUGCCUGGUAACGCCGGUGAACUCCGCAAGAUGGUUGACCACGGCAUCUGUGGGUUCAAGUGUUUCCUUGUUCACAGCGGCGUUGAUGAGUUUCCAAGUGUCACUUUCGAGCAAGUGUCAAAAGCUCUCCAGGAACUAGUUGGCACUCAGUCUAUUCUGCUGUUCCACGCUGAGUGCGACGUUGGCAAUACUGUUACUGAUGCAGACCGAUUAGGAUGUUACCAAACCUUUCUCAAGUCCCGACCCCAGGAAAUGGAGGAGGUGGCCAUAGAGCAGAUCAUCAGUCUUUGUGAACAGUUGAAGGUCCGGUGCCACAUUGUCCACCUGUCAGCGAGCAAGACUCUGCCCAUGAUCAGGAGGGCACAGGCCCGAGGUGUCCCCCUCAGUGUGGAGACGUGUCACCACUACCUCUCACUCUCUGAUGACCACAUCCCUGAUAACGCUACACAAUUCAAGUGUUGUCCACCGAUAAGAGAUACACACAAUCGGAAUGAGCUUUGGGAGGCCAUAAGGGACGGCACUAUCCAGCAGGUUGUGAGUGAUCACUCGCCCUGUACACCGGACCUCAAACAGCCUGGCAAGAUGAACUUCAUGGAAGCUUGGGGUGGAAUAGCGUCAUUGCAGUUUGGUCUUUCCCUCUUUUGGACUGAAGCCAGCGCUCGUGGGUUUACGGUGCAGGAUGUGGCGAGGUACCUGUGUGCGGGGCCAGCCAGCCAGGCCCGCCUGCACCACAGGAAGGGGGCCCUCGCCCUUGGUUAUGAUGCUGACUUUGUUGUCUGGAGUCCCACCGAGACGUAUACGAUUGAUGAAUCCAUCAUCCACCAUAAAAAUAAAAUAACCCCCUACAUGGGCAAGACUCUGAAAGGUAAAGUGUACAAAACGGUGCUACGCGGGAAAGUUAUAUUUGAUCACGGAAACUUCUGCUCGUCUACGCCCACUGGAACUUUUGUCUUUGCAUCAGAUAAGCUUAAUAAAAGUCUGAACGUCUAGACAAUUUUAUAUAAUGAUGAAAUACCAUUUUGUGGUCAGUGAUUCGCACAUCCAUUGCAAGAUAAUACUUGCUCGCCUAUCUAAUAAUAAUAAACUACUGGGAGCUGAUAUUCCGUGGCAACAGUACUCAUGGUAGUGGCAAUGAGAACUGAUGCUUAACGAGGAUACUUGCUCUAUAAUCUUAGCAAUACUGGGAAUAGCGAAAAAGUCAAUACCUAUCUUUCAAUAUGAUAGAACCAUUUUUUUGGUUAAAAACCAUGUAUUAUUUUUUUAUAUUAAAACUUAUAUUUGAAAGGAUUACAAAAAUGAAGUUUUCCUAGGCAUUUUUAAACUACUUUCCAUUGAGGAAGUAUUUCUGCCACUUAUAAGGCAGGUGAAGGUCUGCGAUUGACUGAAAGCAUAGAUAGCAGGACUGUUCUGUCAGAGCGAGAAGGGGCCCUAUGUAUGCUUCCAUUGGCAGAUGUGAGCCCUAGGGUGCACUCGGUCGUAAUCGAUUAUCAGUGACAGCUAAGCAUGGCGCUCUAUCCUGUCUCCUUAUUGCGUCACUGAAAUCAAAUAAAAGGCUCUGACAGUAGAUAUCAGAGUCCCAGCGGCACUGUUCAGGAGAGGAGAGAUGAUUAGGUGAAGCCAACUGGGACCUGAAUUGCUAAUCCAAAGGAGAAAAGAGCCCCCUGGAAAAGUCGUAAGUAGAUCUACACAGAUCAGAGGGUGAUGCGACAGCGGUCACGGGUUGCAAAUAACAGUUGUAGUAUUACUGAUGAACUGGCCCAGAAGCUACAGCUUCAUCACGAAGAAGAGAAUCCCUUUGGCAGAGUUUGAGACUACAUCACACAACAAUCCGUCGUCCCAUUAGAAGAAAGGUAUUAACAGCAAAGUAUUUCAUUUGCGUAGUGAAAAAUCUGUCCUUGGGGAGAAGGUACCCUAGAAGUAAUCACUUCAAAACCAUUACGUAAUUAGCGUUAUUAUCUACUCCUUAUCCAUGGUUAGGUUAGGUUUCGUUACGUUAAUAUGGUAUAUCAUUCUCAAACGUGAAGUAAGAAAUUUGAAAAAUUAGUAUCCCUUAGAAUGUGAUUUACAGAAAACCAAAUACUUCACUCCCGUUCUAAGAAAACGAGUUAAACAUAGACUACAUAUUAAAACAACGAUUUAUAGCAGUUAUAGCAUGAUGAUAAUGUGUGUUUAGGGGCAAAGGUUCAUUUGCCAGUUUACAAAUAGACUAUUAUUGGAACCGUAAUAUGCCUUCAGACCAUCACAAAUGGGUAGAUAAAUAUCCAGGUGUUUAACAAAGACGGCUGGCCAGUUGUUGGUAUUACUUCACCCUGAGACCGGCCCAAAUGAAAAGAUCUUCUCAUCCCUAAUGGUUAUUAAAACAGACUUGGACCUGAGUUAGCAAAUUAUUAAAGGAUCAUGUUAAGAUGCCUCCCUCUGGAACAGCGUUAUCAGGAGGAUAAUUUAACUUUGUUUAACAUGGUGAAGGUCGGUGUAGGAGCGUCAAGACCCCGUCGCAGCAAUGGAAGAAUCUGAGAUUUUUUUAUUUUAUUUUAUUUAUUUUAUUUGUACAAGAGUUCUUACAUUCUUCUAAAGCCACUAGCACUAAGGUCCUUAAUGUAAACGGCACUAGCGUUUCGGGCAGGUCCUUAUCCUAAUUUUUCCCCAGAAUACGACUCGCCAAAUCAUUUAACAACCGGUUGCCCAUUCACUUUGUGUGAACAGAGGCUAUAGUUAAGGAUUGGCGCCCGGUCAAUCCUACCCGGCCAGGAUACGAACCCAGGCAAAGUGAUUCAGAAACAAGUAGUGUAUUGUGAGGACUAAUAAUAAACAGAAGCUCCCC